AUGUGUGGAAACCGAGGCUUGAGACGCAACAAGGUUCUUCAACAAGACUCUCUUUCUUUACGAAACUUUUGUUUGAAUUUGGCUGAAGAAAUAGCAUUCAUAGUCACGAGCAAAUCAGGAGACAAUAUGUCGAUAACUAGAUCACAAAACCAUGAUUGCUAUGAGCACUAUGAGUUGAAAACGUAUGCAAAGUUGUUCAACUGCGACGGCUGCAAGAUGAAAGGGUUAGGAGAAAGGUACACGUGCAAUCUUUGUGGUAACGAACUACACACAGAGUGUAGGCACCCCAAAUCUGAAGUUUCCCACGAGAAUUUUGCUGGCUCCGUCUUCACAUUUCUCGAUAAACCAUUCACUAGACUGGAUGAAAAGAAUCGCAUAGAGUUUUCGAAGUGCUGCGAUGCAUGUGGAAAGGACAUAUGCGGUUUUACCUACCACUGUGAAGUAGACAACAAGGAUUUACACCCAUAUUGUCGAAAACUUGAAAAGAAAAUAGUGAUUGAUGGUACGAUAUUUGAUCUGAAGACAAAGGUUUCAUCGAAGUGCGGUAAGUGCGGAAAGCGAAAGAUUUCUCGUGAUCAGAAAAAUGUUUUGGGAUGGUCUUAUGUUUCUCCGUGCGAAAAGAAUCAUUUUCACGUGUUUUGUUUAACUGAAAUGGUACAAGAGGUAUACAUGAAGUAUGGGGAUUUGGCGUUGGAGAAUAUGGAUUUAAGAGAAUUAGUUAGAAGUAAUAGAAAUAGACGGAGAGGAAAUACCUUCCUUUCUACAAUCAAAUCAUUUGUCAAGAUUCUAUUGUCUGCUCUUCUGGGCGAUCCAACGAUGCUGAUUUCCAAUGUCGUGGUGGAGUUGUGCUUGCGUGGCAUGUGA